CCCCCCCUCCACCCUCCCAAGGACACGUCAUGCUGAAAUUCUGCUUUGAUAUGACUCUUGUGCCAAUGGAUCACAAACAUAAAGGAAACCAGACAUGGCUGGAAGACAUCACUUCAAGAAUUGAAGUCAGAUUACUGUGAUGAGGACGAGGGCAUGGCCAGGCCUUGAUGAUGCACAGCUGGCACUGAAUCAGCGGGAGAAUGAGAAAAAUUCAGACAUGCUGUCACCUCAACUUCAACAGCUCCUCCGCCCUCUGGCGGAUAGCAGCUCGCUCCUCUCCCGGCAGCCAACAGCAACCCCUUCGUCCCCAGACCGAUGGCCACAGCAGCUCCCCUGGUAGAUGGCAGCGGUGAGAUCCCUCCCCCCACUCGUGUUUCGGCACCACAUUUACAGUAUAAGGAUGGUGAAGGAGGCAGAAACCGGCUGAACAGUCAACAUAAAGUUUAAUGUAAUGGCCCUGAACAACUCUGAAGCGGGCUUAGACGUCUUCUUGGCGAUGGACGAACUGCUGGAUCUCUCACCUUCCCAUGUUACCCCUAAACCCCUGGAGGCCACAGUGAUGACUCCAUGGGAUGUAGCCCUGUGUGUAUCAGGUGCCCUGAUCUGCUGUGAAAAUGCAGUCAUUGUGGCCACCAUCUUCUCGUCAUCAUCUCUACGGGCACCCAUGUUCCUGCUAAUUGGCAGCCUAGCCUGGGCAGACUUCCUAGCAGGAGUGGGGCUCCUAUUGCACUUCCUGUCUCGGCGUUGUGUGUACUCAGAAGCUCUAGAGUUGGGGAGUGUGGGUCUUUUGGUGAGCGCACUCACUGCGUCUGUGUUCUCUCUGUUGGGUAUUACUCUGGACCGCUUCCUCUCUCUGCAUCAUGCACUGACUUAUGGUUCCCGCCGGGCACACACCCAAACACGUUGCGCUCUUGCUGUUGGCUGGACUCUUGCUGGACUUCAGGGUGCACUACCAGCUCUGGGUUGGAACUGCUUGCAAGAUGUUGAAUCUUGCAGUGUGCUUCGGCCUCUGACUCGGGUGCACCUGGCAACCCUGUGUGGUGGUUUUCUGCUGACCCUGGCUCUGAUGCUGCAGCUGAAUGCCCGUAUCUGCCAAGUUGUACUCCAUCACUCACAUCAAAUCGCCCUCCAGAGACACACACUCCCAUCUGCACGCACACACACACGUCGUCGGGUGCACACUCUUGCCCUCAUCCUUGCUACAUUUGCCAGCUGCUGGAUACCCUUUGCCUUGUAUGGGCUCCUAGGUGAUGGAUCAUCCCCAGCUCUGUAUACGUAUGCCACCUUGGUUCCAGUCACUGGGAACUCUCUGCUUAACCCUCUGAUCUAUGCCUACAGAAACACACACAUACAGAGAGUGCUGCGACAGGCCUGCUGCUGCUGUCUACCAAACAUGCCCAACAAACACACACACACACCCAGUGAUGUCUGAACAUAGUCUUCUUAAAGCUCAUUGAAGAGCAUGUGGUGCCAUACAAGAAACACAGUCUCUCAUAUCACUGUGCCAGUUGCCAUAUCACCGGUCUGACUGGUGUUAGGAAGUCAAUCUCUUCUGCAAACUUUUGAGUCAACAUCUCUUUUUUACACUAUAUUGAGGAAAUACUUUUUUCAUAUUACAAAUCAUUUGCCAACAAAAUGGAGUAAAGCAGAGAAGAAACCCCCCUUGUCUGCUGUAAAUGUCUGAAAUGUGUGCCUCAUACGUUUACAUCCUCUGAAAUUCAGAGUUUACUGAUAGAAUUAAAUCAUUUGCACUUUACAAUGACUUGACUUUUGAGAUGAAACAUGUCUGAAUUUUGUUUGUACUAGAAUCCUACUCACAUAUAUAAAUAUCAAAUUAUUUGCCAUUUGGUUUUCUGACAGAAUUAUGUUUUUAUACUUUACAAAUGCCCUGUUCGUACUAUUAAUGUAUUAAUGUUGCACAAAACAUCCAA